CUAAGGCCAUCUCUCAUACGGAUUAUUUUCAUUCCUUGAUGUGAAUCAUUGUGGUGAAGGACUGAAGGCUUCAAUCGUGCCUUUGAAGGUGAUCCACCAAAUUGGUUCAAUCAAUUUGUAAUAUCUAUAAUUCAUACGAGUGGCAAUAAAACCAGCAAGCGACGCAAUCAUCAUCAUCAAACAAAAUCUCAUUUGUGUGACUUUGUCAGAAAGGAGGAUCGCCGAGUUAUCGACGACCACAUGUGUGUAUUUUGUCGAAAUUAUGGCACAUUGAUAAUUAGGACACACAUUUGUUUUCAUAUUAUGGCCACUCUCUCAGUCAAUAUGUGCAAGCUCUCGAACAAAGCCAGCUAAAUAACUAACUACUAGCUAAAUAUUCAGUGAUACAUGUGUACAAGUGUGAAUGCUGGUUGUGAAGCAUGAAAUAAUCAGGUAAUUGUUUGACGAGUGUAAAAAAUGAGCUUUCACAUUCCACCUUUACUCAAACACCAGCAUAACCUCACAUGAAAUAGGCAGCCUUUGUCACCAACAAAAACAUGUAAAAGCCUGCAUCACUUUCUCCGAUCAGAAAAAAGCUAUAUAAUUCAAUCUCGUAAUCAUUAACAUGUUCCUGAAUAUAAAAAGGUAGUAAAGUAAAUUAUGCAUUAAAACAGUUGCCGGAUUCUAGAAUGAAUAAAUAAUUUAAUACUUACUAACGGAACUCAUUAACAUCAGUUUGUCGUCAUAAUUCAUUGACCACAUCGGUGUGUGCGAAUCAUUAUUAUUCAACGUCAGCGUACUACAUAUGCCUCUAUCGCCAUCAAUUCUAUAUAGAAUCUCUCCCAGUGUGAAGUUGUUGGUGGCUACAGGUCGCAGAGCAAUUCCGCUGGUGUAAACAGUACGGAAUAUUAUACCAAAUUCGGAUUAACCUUAUCUGAAAAUUUACUAUAGAAUUUUCGUGAUUGCGAAAAAAUAAUAACUAAUUGGCGAACUGAAACGUCGAGACGGAACCAGUUUCUUGGCCGGAUUUAAGUUGGAGUGUCCUAUUGUGGAAAUAAAUUGCGUAGUCGUGCGCUUCAGUCUCAGCGUGAAAGUGGGCCGUUCGACUGAGGAAGAGAGAACGUGCUGGAAGUAGGAGAAAGUCAGAGCUGAGUUCUUUCACUCUGCAGACUUUGAGGGAAAGCACUCCACGCCAGUCGCAUUUCUCUGCAAAAACUACACCAUCACAUUCUCACUGGACAUUUCCAACCUGUGACUUAAAUUCACAUGGAGUAAGUGAUUAGUAAUUUGUUCCAGUUAAAAUUAAGUCAGUUGGAGAAAACAUGUGAUAAAUUGGAAAUAUUCAGCCCAAACCGAAGGCAUGGAAAUGCCAUCCGCAUCUCUUUGGACCAAUGACCUAAGAAAGUUGAGACUUUAGAGAUAGUUUAAGUGAAAAACUGUCAUCUACAGAAAAAUUACUGGGAAAUUUUAAGGAUUACGGAUGCGGAUCCAGUAGCAGGUCCAAAUCCCUACUUGACUCAACAUCACCGCAAAAUUGGAGUUGCUGCAUCCUUGUCUGCUCAGGCUCUCCCUUCGGAGAAGUGAGAAAGGAAAGAUGCAGGUUCUCACAAAUUCCGAGAAGUUGCUAUUAUCAUCCGUGGGAGUUUUUGCAAUAUCACUUACUGCCAUUGUGAUAUUCUGCGUCGUUCGAAAAAGCUGCUUGCUUCACAAAGCUAUUUGGGAAGAUGAUAAGAAGAAGAAGCAAAGGAUGGAUGAUAUCAUCUGUAUUAGAUACCCACCGGAUAUUUAUCCCACCUCCCUCGGCGUCUAUCGCGAGAAUGCUUUCCGAAGCCCAGAGGAAGAGUUGGCCCGACUUUUCUACUCGCCAAUAAAGCGAGACUCGACUUACAGCUCCAUGUCGGACAGGAGCAGUAACUCAAGUGUUGGUUUAGAAAUGUCAUCCCCUCACACUUCAAGUGGGUCUAAUACAACCACCAUGGGUUCCCCGGUUACGGCAGUCGCUGGAACGCCAGAAGAACAGUCCCCUCGUCAUUCUUCUGCCCCUCGACAAGGCAACAAUGCUGCUGUCAAUGUCAAGUCGUUGUCCAAUGUCAAGUCUUCUUCUCCAAUGGUUCCAGUCCCCGUCGUCCCCAUUCCCAUUGCAGGACACGUCGACCAACGAUUUUCCAUGCCACAUUUUUCCAACAGCACUGGAUUCUACCGAUCUACGGUGGCUGCAUUGGCGGAAGAAGCGGCCGUUGCGGCGAACCGUCGGUUCAGCUUGCAGCCGGGCAUGUCAUUGAGCCAUCCGAAUGCUCGACAACCCUUCUUCACAUUCAUUUUGAAAUAUGAGGAGGACAACGGCCUCAUUAAUAUCGAGUUCAUUGAAGCAAGAAAUUUACCACAAAAAGAGUACCUAGCCCAACCAUCGGAUGCAUUUUUCACGCUUGAGAUUCAACCUAGAAAGCCAGCCGAUCGCAAGAAAGACGUGCUGCGAUACCGAUUUGUGACACGAACAAUCAAGAAAGCUGGAGAAAUUUGCGACUUUAGUGAAACAUUUCUAGCUCAAUUAGCAAAGAGUCAUUUGAAUGAGUACGUCAUAAAAUUCACCGCAUUCGACCAAGAUCGAUUUGGCAAUCCAAAUGAAAUUGGGACAACCACACUGUCGUUUGAAGAUUUCAAAGAUUUUACCAGCAACAAGCUCGUGCUCAGUUGUUCACUAAAGGAGCCGCUUUCGAAACGUGGAGAUAUCAUGCUUGGAAUGUGCUAUCUCCCUACGGCAGAAAGGAUGUCUGUGACAAUCGUUAAAUUGAAUAAUCUGAACCCAUUCUUUACUGACGGAAUGAUUAGCAAACAGAGUAUUUGUUACGUCCGACUUCUUCUACUGCGAGCAGAUUCUGGGAAAGUGAUCCGAAAAAAGAAGACGACCUUCCAAAAACUCACCGGGACUACAGCAAAUCAGCCCGUUUUCAACGAGACGAUUGUUUUCGACAUGCCUCCGAAUGAACUCGUCCAAGUUGUUCUUUUGGCCCUGGUCUGCCUCACAGACAAGCCACCCAUUUCCAAAAGUCAGCGUAGAGGGGAAAGCCGAGAACAUGAAUCAUCGUCAUUUGACGGGGGUCGAAAAUCUGUCCCUGAGCAUCAUCCAAACCUUGUAAACAAAACGUCUAAUGAGUCGUCCCUAUUCCAUUAUUCGGAUAAUCUCAAUGCAAAAGCUAAACGAUUGGAUAGCAGCAGCAGCGGUCAAAGUCACCCAAGUCAAGGAAGUGGACCAGCUAAAUAUGUGGGAGGUUCAUCAUCAGAUCAAUCAACACGGGUCACGACCACACAAAACCUCGAUACUGGAACUUUGCAAACCAAUGCAGCCAGUCCGGAAAGUAAUUCAUCUGGCAUCGGUUCCUUGGAGGGUUGUGAGGAGGAGAAGCCACUGAGGGUCAAGGAUACAGUAGUUGGGAAGGUGGCUUUAGGCUAUUGCAUUCGAAAUCCACUGGGGAAAUUUCAUUGGGAGAAUAUGAUGCGAAUUCCUAGAAACGUGGUUACCGAGUGGCAUGGUCUUAAAUAAAGGAUUCAACAAAGCUCUUUUCUCCAUUAUUUGAUGUACAGUACAGAAUAUAAACAUGUACAUAUGUAAACACAUACAUACAUAUAAA